AUGGGGCUUCAGGCUCACAGCAGCUCACAGGAUGCCACCAAUGAUUCCUGUGACUGCCUUCUGGCAGGGCCCAGAACAUCAUCAAAGAGAUCAUGGCCAGUAUGGAUGGUAAUUGUCAUUUUCCUUGGAGUGGUGGCAAUCUUGGCAGUCACUAUCGGACUCCUUGUUCAUUUUCUGGCAGUUGGAAAGAUGCACUAUUACGAAGGUGUUUUUCAUAUUUCUGGAGUCACCUAUAACGAUACCUGUGACAGUGCAGCUUCACAAGCCAGUACAAACCUGAGCAAAGACAUUGAGACUAAGAUGUCAGAUGCAUUUCAAAAUUCUAGUAUUUACAAAGAAUAUGUUGACUCUCAGGUCAUCAAAACUCUGCCUGAAACCAAUGGCACCAGUGUACAGUUACGGCUGACGUUCAAGUUUCCUCCAGCAAAGAAUGGUGACAUGAGGACUGAAAUUACAGCCAUCCUGCUUCAAGUGUUGAGAGACAACAUGGCAUCCUGGAGUGCAGUUCCUGCUUCCUUUAAACUUACAGAAAUCAGCAAGGCUAAUUCUGAAAUGCUUGUCAAUAACUGUUGUGGGAGACGACUGAGCAACAGUAUCACAACUGGUAAUCGAAUAGUCAAUGGGGAAAAUGCCCUGGCAGGGGCAUGGCCAUGGCAGGCCAGUAUGCAAUGGAAAGGCCACCAUAGCUGUGGAGCAUCUCUGAUCAGCAGCAGGUGGCUCUUGUCUGCAGCUCAUUGCUUUGCUAGAAAAAAUAACAUGGAAGAUUGGACUGUGAACUUCGGAACUAUUGUAAAUAAACCAUAUAUGACACGAAAAGUCCAGAGAAUUAUUUUGCAUGAAAAUUAUAGCAGUCCUGCGGUCCAUGACGAUAUUGCCCUCGUGCAGCUUGCUGAAGAAGUCUCCUUUACAAAGUACAUUCGUAGGAUUUGCCUUCCUGAAGCCCAAAUGAAGCUCUCAGACAAUGAUAGUGUCGUAGUUACAGGUUGGGGAUCACUUCACAUGUUUGGUGAUUUCCCAGAGAUACUUCAACAAGCCCUUGUGAAAAUUAUUGACAACAAAAUUUGCAAUGCCCCACAUGCACUGUCUGGCCUUGUGACAGAAACAAUGCUGUGUGCUGGAUAUAUGUCAGGCAAAGCAGAUGCCUGUCAGAAUGAUUCUGGUGGACCAUUAGCUUACCCUGACUCCAGAAAUAUCUGGCAUCUUGUAGGAAUCGUGAGCUGGGGUGAUGGAUGUGGGAAAAAGAAUAAGCCCGGUGUCUACACACGAGUCACCUCUUACCGUGACUGGAUUACCUCCAAGACUGGACUCUGA